AUGGGCGCCACAAGGGGUCUCAAGGCUCUCUUCCCACCCACCACCAAAAAGCCGAAGUCGCAAGGCCAGGAGCCCGCCCUUCUGGCGACACUCGACCUCCACCUCCUCCGCAGCUCCAUGUCCCUCACCUCGUGGCUAUGUGUCGGCGCCGCCGUCCAAGCCGCCAUAUCACUCUUCCGCAUUCCCUUCUACCUCUCCCUCGUCCUCAUCCUCGGCGUGCUCGGCUAUCGCACUGGCCACGCCCUCCUCAUCACAUUCAAACUCAUCCCCAACCCCUACCUCGAGGACGCCAUCUUCAACUAUACCUCCGCACAGAUCCCCAACAAGGAGACCGGCGACUUCUCCGACACACCAGCAGCCGAACCCGUCGGUAUACUACAUCUAGGAGCCAAGAUCAAUCACCCCCUAGGCGCCUUCUCCCCACACGCUCAACCGCUAAUCAAGUACGCCGAGACCAUGUACAAAGUGCUUGACUCGGAUGCGAAGAAGUCGAAUGGCUACCUCGGCGGACAGAGCUUCGAUACGGUCGACAAGAACGGCUGCAUGGAAUUUACAUUCAUCAGCUAUUGGCGCAACAUCGAGGCGAUCCACGACUUUGCAUACUCGUCUGCGCAUCGCAAGGGGUGGGAGUGGUGGAACUCGGUGCCGAAGGAGGAGAUCAAGCAUCUCGGAAUCAACCACGAGAUCUUCGAAGCGCCAGCUGGCCAAUGGGAGACCAUCUACAUCAACCAUCAGCCUACAUUGAUGGGAGCCACUGCCUCAUACCGACCUGGCGACAAAUCGAUCGGAGGCACGGUCGAGAACAGCUGGCAGUCCAACAUAAUGGAUGCCUCGAGAGGACCAUUGAGAACCUCUGCCGGCAGGUUGAGCCGAAACAGGGAGGAGCUUGCUGGACGGUACUCUUACGUUCCCAAGCCGCUGUCGAAGGGCUGGGAUGGAGAUGGCAGGGACACAUUGGCCGCGCAGGGUGAGAAGGUCAUCAGUGCCGUGGCUUAA